UCCCUCCCUCCCUCCCUCCCUCCCUCUCUCCCCAAUCAACCACGACGCCCAGCCCAGACUCAGAGUGGAGCACGUCCCAACAAAUGCAAAAUGCAAAUCAAUCAAAAAGAGCGCGUCGGCGGCGUAAACGGCGCGUUCGUUUGCCGGUUUUUUGUCUGUCGGGAUGGAUGAUGGAUGCCUGAGGUUUGUUUAUUUGGGGGGGGGGGAUCAUCGUGAGAUGGGGAGGAAAUGAAAUGUGUGCAUGGAAUGGAAGGGGAGUUGUGUAGGUAGGAGAGGGAGAGAGAUGGAAAGCUGAGGAAGGUUUUUGGCCUUUUUUUUUUUCUUGAUGGGCUUUUUUUCAUAUGAAAGCUGCUCUUUUUUAUUUCCAUUUUUAUGUUUCCGUCUUUCGUGUUUUCGCUACGAGAAAGAAAGACAGACAGAGGAGAGAGGUACACCUCUCCCCCCUCUCUCUCCCCCUCCCUCCCUACGAUACCUAAAUAACAAUACAAUCAAUCAAUCAAUCUCCUCCCAUCAUCUAUUCCCAUGCCUUCUCUUUAAUCAAACUACUACGCCUGCUACUCAAAGCGCCUACCUACCUACCUAUCCAACUAACAUAUAUUAUCUCGGGCAUACUCGGUUCCUGCAUAUGAUCUCCUGCAUAUUUACUUUUCUCAUUUCCCUCUAUUGUCUUUCUUUCUUUCUCUUUCGCUUUCCUUCUUCGCGAAAAUUACCUAUCGGUGGUGUCUGUCGGUGUCUGUCCACCCAGCAACCGAACGAUCGCGCGCGCGUCCCAGUCUCCAGAGGAGAUUCCUCAUCGACCAGGAUCUGUCUCUUUCGAGAUCCGGAAAAAAAAAAGACUCGAGAUUUCCUGCUCUCUCUCUCUCUCUCUCUCUCUCUCUCUCUCUCGAUCGAUCGAAUAGAUUUGUUUGCUGAUGAGGACUGACAAGACUUAACUCCCAUUUUUUAUGAUAGAGUAGAUAUCGGUGGAAUGAGAAGUAUGGAUGUCUGAGAUGAGGAAAAUGCUCGUGAUUGAUAUCUGUUUCUUUCUCUCUCGUGUGCGUUGGUAGAACGGAAAAAGAAGUUUAUGAUUAUUUAUUUAGAUCGCUGGUCUUUCU